ACCGCCCACCGCCUCCGUCACCCGCGAGUCCCGGGCCUCCCACUUCCCCUGCCCCGCCGGUCCGCUUCCGGCCCUUCGGCGCGCACGCGCAGUCGCGGCGGUGUUUGACAGCUCAGGCCGAGGAGAAGGAGCAGGUGUCGCGAGAGUUGGCGCGCCGCCUGGUGCGGGCUGUCAUUAUGGCGAGCCUGGGAAGCGAGGCCGAGCGGGAUCCUCUCCUGGGCCCUGGCUUCCCCGGAAGCAGAGAAUGGGACAUGGUAGAAACCCAAGAGCAUUACAGGAGUAGAUGGAGAUCCAUUAGGAUUCUCUACCUCACUAUGUUCCUCAGCAGUGUGGGUUUUUCUAUUGUGAUAAUGUCAAUCUGGCCAUAUCUUCAAAAGAUUGAUCAGACAGCCGAUGCAAGUUUUUUGGGCUGGGUUAUUGCUUCAUUUAGUCUUGGCCAAAUGGUAGCUUCACCUCUAUUUGGUUUAUGGUCUAAUUAUAGGCCAAGAAAAGAACCUCUUAUCGUCUCCAUCUUUAUUUCGGUGGCAGCCAACUGCCUAUAUGCAUAUGUCCACGUGCCAGCUGCUCAUAACAAAUACUACAUGUUGAUUGCUCGUGGAUUGGUGGGAUUUGGAGCAGGAAAUGUGGCUGUUGUCCGAUCGUACAUUGCUGGUGCCACUUCCCUUCAGGAAAGAACAAGUGCCAUGGCCAACACGAGCACGUGCCAAGCCUUGGGCUUUAUUCUGGGUCCAGCCAACAAGAUUACUCAGUGGGUCUUUGUGCUGACUGCCAAGUGUGGUGGACUGAGUUUGAUCCUGGAGACCACUUUGUGAAAGGAGACGUUACAA